AUGGUGGGUGGAAGAUAUGCGAUAGUUUAUGCUAAUUCUACAGGUUCUACAACCUUGCUCCAGAGUCCUUUUAUUUCACAGGGAGGAAUCUAUACCAUAAUUUUAGAGUUUGGCCUAGUCACUAAACGAAAACCUGUUAUUCUAUAUCCACUUUCAAUGCUAGGAAUUACUUUUACUGAUAUUAGUUGCGAUAUUUCAUAUGUUGAAGUUGGACAACAAACUUGUAUAGUAACUGGUGAAGAUAAAAGUGGAAAUGAUAUAGACAUUUUUUAUCUAAAGGUUGAUUUUCUUUCUUCAGGAGCUGCAUAUAAUAUUAAGCCAUUGGCGAGUAAUUUCCAAACGGUUCCAGGAAUUGAAAAAUAUAAUAUUAAAUCAUUACCAUACGGAGGUUAUAUCUUAUGCGGACGAGGUAUUGAUAUUGGUGGUAAAAAUGUGGUUGCUUGCUAUAUUUUGAAUGACAAUAAUGAAGUUUUUCCUUGGGAUCUUUCAAAUCCUACAACAACAAGCUCUAUAAGCAUCUCUACAAUCUUAAAUAAUAAUACUUAUGUACUUGCCCAAUUGGGUAGUAAGCAAAAUUGGACUUUACUUACCACCGAUUUAUAUAAAAUUGAGGAAGAACGAGAUCAUGGAUAUAAUAAUAUACAUAUAAAUACCACAUAUCCGAAUAUUAAUGAUAUUAUUCAGUCUGAUAUAGAAUACCUUACAAUUCAAUAUUACGACGAAGUUGUUUUAUCAACCGGCAAGAUUGCAAUUUAUCAAGAUGAUGGGAAUUUACGUCAAAUCAUCACUGGUAUUAACGAUGAAUACGUAAAUAUUGGUGAGGAUUAUAAGGAUAAUAAGACAAUUAAAGUUGAUAUUUUCAAAAGCACAUUCAAUCUACCUGGCAGAACUUAUUAUGUUGUAGUAGAAGAUAAUUUUGUAAGGAACCUAGCUUAUCAAGAGCCUCUCUAUGGUGUGAAAGAACGUGUUUGGUCUUUUAAUACAUUUUCUAGAACAGUAAAAUCAGAAGAGAGUUUAGAAUACUUGAUAGGGCAUGUUCGACUGACUAUAGAUGGGACGAAUUAUUUCGACAGCCUUAACGAAAUCGCUCGCAAUGUAUUUAUCACGAACCUAACAAAAGAAUUGGCUGAUGCAAUUCCCAUUAGCUCUGACCGCAUAAUUAUAAAUAAAAAGACUGAAAUUGACCCUUCAGAAGAACAAAUGAUCUUAUCAAUUAAGAUUCAACAUGAUGAAAGUAAGCAAGAAAUACCGACUAGUUUAGCAACUAAAGAUUUAGAUAUUUUGAUCAAAAAUAAGCUUGUGACUGUCAUUGGAACUGGUGAUGCUUCAAAAUAUUUAGAUGGGGUUUAUGGAUUUCAAUCUCUUCCCAAUUUGUGGGAAACCAACCAAACGUCAUUUAUUGCAGUAUUUGCAACCAUAAGCAUAUUUAUCUUACUUUUCUUGUGGGCUAAACAUAAAAAUAGAGAGCAAGAAAAUAAGAAUGAUGAAUUUUUAGAAUGGUCAAGAAAUCAUAUGCAUACGAUAUCAUUAUUCACAUUAUUAGCGGGAGCAGAUAUUGAAGUUUUAACUUUACUAGAAUCAAAAAUUGCAGGAUAUUCAUUUUUUAAUGCUAAAUUUUCUGAAACGGCAUUAAGUAAAAUAUUUUGGGGAACUUUGUUCAAUUUAUUUGAAGAAAUUCCUCAAGUAAUUAUCCAG